AUGGACAAAGGACCCCCUGUCGAGAAUUGGCUCAACCUAGACGAGAUUGAAGAUGUGGCCACCAAAACAGUGAGCCGUAAGGCGUGGGGGUACUACUACUCUGCAUCCGACGACAAGAUCAGCAAAAACAGAAACACAGAGGCCUUCCGCUCAAUCCAACUUAGACCGAAGGUCUUCAUCGACUGUACCAAAUGUGAUCUCAGCACAAACCUGCUAGGAAACCCAGUCUCCAUUCCAAUCUACGUGUGCCCUGCAGCCAUGGCUCGCCUAGGCCACCCAGCUGGAGAAGCUGGCAUCGCAGAAGCAUGUCGAAGCUUUGGAGCUCUGCAGAUCAUCUCGAACAGCGCAUCAAUGACACCAGAGCAGAUAGUUGCCGACGCGACCGAGGACCAAUCAUUUGGUUGGCAGCUUUACGUGCAAAGCGAUCGCACCAAGAGCGAAAAGAUGCUAGCUCGUAUAAGCAAGCUUAAAGCAAUCAAGUUCAUCGCACUUACCCUUGAUUCUCCUGUGAGUGGGAAAAGAGAGGACGAUCAACGCCACGGCAAUGUCAACAAUACCAUGACCGAGUCUAGCUCGGAAGGCCCAUUCGAGCAUUCGGAGAGCAAUGCCAUCAAACCAGAGAACCAAACCGAAGACCAGGUGUUUGCUGGAAUGGACCCUUCUCUUACGUGGACGGAGGCUUUGGCGUGGUUGGCCAAGCAUACGACUCUUCCGAUUGUCCUCAAAGGCAUACAGACUCACGAAGAUGCUUACAUUGCCAUGAAGCAUGGCCCUCAGGUUAAAGGUAUUAUUCUAUCUAACCAUGGAGGCCGUUCUCUAGACACUGCACCCCCUGCUGUUCACACAUUGCUUGAAAUCAGGAAGUACUGCCCUGAGGUAUUUGAGAAUCUUGAAGUGUGGAUUGACGGGGGCAUCAAGAGAGGAACAGAUGUGGUUAAGGCCCUGUGUUUGGGUGCAAGGGGAGUUGGCAUAGGAAGAGCUGCACUCUGGGGCUUGGGAGCUGGGGGCGUGGAUGGUGUGAAGAGGACACUGGAAAUUUUGAGCGAAGAGACAAAGACUUGCAUGCGUUUACUUGGCGUGGGACAUGUCAAGGACCUUGGGCCACAGCAUGUAAGUCAGCACACAACAUCUCCUCACACAUGGCAGGCGCGAUAUGCGGACACUGAUGGAAGUACGCUUGCUAGAUUAACACAAGGCUCAUUGAACAAGAAAUAUACGAUGGACCACCUGGUUUUGAGCGUGAUGAAACACACGGCCAGCCAAAGCUGUGAGGGCGUGAAACAAGAACUGUGCCCAGAUGGAUGUCAAGGCCGAUGCAAGAGGAGAACUUCAGAGAGAGAUUCAGAAAAGCCAUGA